ACAUAUUCCUCGUGCUUCAAUUUCCCACCUCCAACACCAAAUAUAUUUAUUUUUUAUUGGGCCAAUGAAAAUUGGUCAUAAUUGUUUUCUCAUUUAUAUAUCAAGUCCUUGGCGACGAAGAUCAUCAGUACUUUAAACACAAAUAGCGGUUCCUUCUUUGUUAGAAUCCUCUUCAAUAUCUCCAACCGUUGAUUAGGGAUUUGUUAACGCUGCUUCAACUUUUUAUACGGCCAAAUAUAUUUGGGUGCUUUUAAGGUUGAAUACUGCUACUAUGUCUAGUUCGUCGGAAUACUCGGAAAUUUCCGGCCAGAAGCCGGCGAGGUCACCGGAAAAAUCGAGCUUCUCUCAGACUUGCAGUUUGUUGAGUCAAUACAUCAAAGAAAAGGGCAACUUUGGAGAUCUUACCCUCGGCAUCACAUGCAACACCGAACCAAGUGGGUCACCUGAAACAUCGUGUCAGUCUGCAACAACUAUGAACCUAUUUCCUACCAAAGAAAACAACGUUGCACCAAAAAGCCUCACACUCACUGGCACAGCCAUGGAUUUGCUCUCUCCACAAGGUGCUUAUCGUGCCAAUCUUCCCUCUGAAGAAAUUCCAAACUUGAUCAAUUCCAGUGCAGUUAAGUCUGUGAGCAAGGGCCUGAAAACUGCACAAUUGACAAUCUUCUAUAAUGGUCAAGUUGUUGUGUUGGAUGAUUGUCCUGCUGAGAAGGCGAACGAGCUCAUGGCUUUUGCCAAGAAAGGAGUCUCUCAAAGCCAGAACAACUCUGUCUACACCUACACUCAGAGCCAGCCUUCAUUUCCUCCUAAUUUGGCCAGAACAUCUGCUGCUGAUUCGAGUGUUCAAGCCUUUCCUAACGUGAAUAUCGUUGCUAGUUCCGGUAGCAAUUCGAUCCAUGAGCACUCAAAACCUCAGUCCAGACCUGUUGUUUGUGAUCUACCAAUUGCAAGAAAAGCUUCGCUUCAUCGGUUCCUGGAGAAGAGAAAGGAUAGAAUUGCAUCAAAGGGUCCAUAUCAAGCAGCAAAUCCCAUUGGGAGCGCUAACAAGCCAGCUGAAUCCAUGUCAUGGCUUGAGUUGGGUGCUAAAUCUCAAGAAUGAGUGCAGCUAUAUAUAUAUAGUAUUAUAAACUUUGUGCCUUUUUUUUGGGGGUUGUGUACCCAUUGUUAAAAGUCUUUUUUGGGCUAUAGGGUUAGCCUUU